CGCCAUGGCGGGGUGCUGCUGCCGGUCGGCCGAGGAGAAGGAGGCGCAGCGCAUCAGCGCCGAGAUCGAGCGGCAGCUCCGCCGGGACCGGCGCGCCGCGCGCCGCGAGCUCAAGCUGCUGCUGCUCGGAACUGGUGAGAGUGGGAAAAGCACCUUUAUCAAGCAAAUGAGAAUUAUCCAUGGGUCUGGUUACAGCGAUGAGGACAGGAAGGGCUUCACGAAGCUGGUCUACCAAAACAUCUUCACUGCCAUGCAGGCCAUGAUCAGAGCGAUGGACACCCUGAGAAUACAAUACGCGUGCGCGCAGAAUAAGGAACACGCCCAGCUCAUCAGGGACGUGGAAGUGGACAAGGUCUCGGCGCUCUCCAGGGACCAGGUGGCAGCCAUCAAGCAGCUCUGGCGGGACCCCGGCAUCCAGGAGUGCUACGACAGGAGGAGGGAGUACCAGCUCUCCGACUCGGCCAAGUACUACCUGACUGAUAUCGACCGAAUCGCCAUGCCAUCGUUUGUACCCACACAGCAGGAUGUGCUCCGGGUCCGAGUGCCCACCACGGGCAUCAUCGAGUAUCCGUUCGAUUUGGAAAACAUCAUCUUUCGGAUGGUGGAUGUCGGUGGCCAGCGAUCCGAACGGCGGAAGUGGAUUCACUGCUUCGAGAGCGUCACCUCCAUCAUUUUCUUAGUUGCUCUGAGUGAAUACGACCAGGUCCUGGCUGAGUGUGGCAGUGAGAAUCGCAUGGAAGAAAGCAAAGCCUUGUUUAAAACCAUCAUUACCUACCCCUGGUUUCUCAACUCAUCGGUGAUUUUGUUCUUAAACAAGAAGGACCUUUUGGAAGAGAAAAUUAUGUACUCUCAUCUAAUUAGCUAUUUCCCAGAGUACACAGGACCAAAACAGGAUGUCAAGGCUGCCAGAGACUUUAUCCUGAAGCUCUACCAAGACCAGAAUCCUGACAAGGAGAAGGUCAUCUACUCCCACUUCACAUGUGCUACGGAUACCGAGAACAUCCGUUUUGUGUUCGCUGCCGUGAAAGACACCAUUCUACAGCUGAACCUACGAGAGUUCAACUUGGUGUAGCAGGGCUGCCCACAGUGCCCGCCACAGGGGACAGAGCUCGCCAGGGCUUCUGCCCCCCAGACAACACGUACGCCACGGGGACUGGCCUGGGUAAUGGAACUUGAAGACAUUUGAGUUGACCAGUUCUUUUCAGUCUUUUCAAGUUGUUUCCUUUCCUGAGUGUGUUUCUUGCCUUCUGGAAAGUGUGUUCAAUUUUGGAUUUUGUAUAUUUGAAAGGCACCUGUGACUUACAAAAAAAUUUGAUUUGGUGUGUUUCAUGGUAAGCUUUUGAUUAAGAGGGGCUUGUUAACUUAUAUGCCAGGCCUUCCGCCUUCUAUGACUAAUUUUUUUAAAGAAUGUUUAAUGGGCUUCAUGCUUUUUAUUAAAUUAUAUGUAGUAGACUGAUUUUAAGUUUUCAGUGUUUCCUCUUUCCUGAGGAAGUGUGACUUUCAACGUUACCAAAGUUUUCAUUUUUUCCGGAGAAGUUUUUGUGCGUGAACUGUUUUUAUCUUUCCUUUUGAUGCCACUGUGGUGCCUUCCCCUCAGCCUACUGCUCGCAUUUGGCUGUACGGCUGGUGCUCUACCCCAAGCCAUGCCUCCUGUCCAUAUCUGGUUGGUUAAUUGGAGAUGGAUUGAGAACUUUUCUGCCAAGGUUGGCUUCAAACCUGUCCUCUGAUCACCGCCACCUCAGUAGCUGAGAUUACAGGCAUGGGCCACUGGUGCCUGGUUGUGCGUCUUUUAAGCUACAUUAGUAUCUGUGUUUAUUUGUAAUUUGAGCUGGCCACGAUUUGGCUACCAUGAAGCCAAAGAUAUGGUAAAUGGUCUGUAGCUAGCAUCCAGAUAGUUGUGGUGGAAAUGUCUGUAUAUAUUAAUUCAUAUGGUCUAGUCUUGUACACCUAUGAAAUGGCCCAAAAUACAAAUUGUUUAGCAAAUAUGUAAUUCCUGCUAAAGUUCUGAGGUCACCACAGAUCUCCUGUUUGUAUGUAUGCUGUGCUUUCUGAGGUUAAUACAUCUUGUCACUAGCA